UCGCCAUCAUUUCCGCUAGCUGGAAAGAUGCUCUAACAUAACAGAAACCCACAGAAUCCCCAGACAAAGAUGGAUAUAUACAAAUCUAACACUUGGUAAAAUCCAGGAGGGGAAAGCUGGAUAUCUUUUCGAUUCUUGAAGCGGGUGCGAGCGCGGAUUUAGGAAUAAAUGCGAAGAUAAGCGCAGUUUUUUGGGAGUGGAUUUUGUGCGGUUGCAGUGAUGGCGACGGCGAUGGAUAAUUUUGACGGCGCGGUGGAUCCCGAUAUCGCGACCAUGUACGGACGCGACCACUUGGAGUUCAAUCCUGGACACGGUCAUUUCUUUGUGAAGAAGACUUUUCAUAAGCCUACGUACUGUCACCAUUGUACGGACAUGCUCUGGGGGCUCAUCGGACAAGGAUAUGUAUGUGAAGUGUGCAAUUUUGUUGUCCAUGACAGAUGUGUGAAAACAGUCGUGUCACCCUGUUCCAGUAUUGCUGUAAACCUAAUCAAGAAUCCUGUCGCUCACUGCUGGUCAGAACCUGCGCAUUUUAAACGGAAAUUCUGCAAUGUUUGUCGAAAACGAUUGGAGGAUAGUUGGGCAAUCCGAUGUGAAAUCUGUGAAUAUUAUGCACAUCUAGACUGCCAAGAUUUUGUCGUCAGUGAUUGUAAAGAGUGUACAACAUAUAGUCCAAAUAAACAGAAUUCAGCGCCACAAUAUCACCAUUGGAGGGAGGGAAAUUUGCCGGGCAAUUCCAAAUGUAUAGUUUGUAAAAAAACUUGUUGGUCUUCAGAGUGUCUGGCUGGUAUGCGAUGUGAAUGGUGUGGAGUCACAGCUCAUGCAACUUGCUACAAAACGCUCCCUGUAGAAUGCAACUUUGGGAUCCUGCGGGAUAUAAUGUUACCACCAAACUCUGUGUCGCUUCCUCGACUAGACAACACCCAAAUAUCUAUGGAAACCAUUAUAGGAUUGUCAAAGAAAGCUUCCGUCAAACGGUCGAAAGACGAUAAAAAAACCAUCGGUGCUACUAAUAGCUCUUCAUCAGGCCUGGGAUAUUUAGAGGACGCAGCCACGCCACAGACCACUGAGCGCGGACAUCGAAGCAAAAGCCCAGAGAAAACCCCAAGCAGUCACAGGGUGUCGGAAGAGUGGUCAUCGAGCGGCGACUCAAAGAAUGAAGAAGACGGUGAGAAACGGUCGCCGAAAGAAAAAGAUGGCAAAGAGCGUGAUCGGGAUGAAGAGUUGAUUCGGCUGUACGAUGGCAACGCAGCGCUGAAGAAGCGACAAUACAGAACCAUCGCCAUCAACAGAAACGCUCCAGUGUCUCAAGCGGUCGAGGCAGCCCUGAAAACAUUCCAGAUAUGCGACAGCCCGAAAAACUUCUGCCUGACUGAAAUUAUUGACAAAGAUGGCAACGAGGUGCCACUCGAUCCAGACCAACCGCUUAGGAAUCAAAUACAAACUGAGGGCCGACGUCCGUCCCUGUUUCUACGCUAUAAAGAUAUGGAAGCAAAUCGGACAUUCAUCAAAACAUACCCGGGAGUACUAUCGAAUAAUAGCAAAGUAAAAGAACUUUACAAGUAUAUUCCAGUAAGCAAGGACACAACCGCACAAGACGCCGUGCACUUGACCAUCAGGAAGUUUAAAAUUGACGAUGCGGACCCUAACGCUUACUCAUUAGUUCAGGUCUUGCUGGAUAAGGGCGUGACUGAGCAUGUGCUCGCAUGGAAUGACAGACCGUGGGCCAUUAUCAAUAACGUACGCAAGGACUCCUUGAGGCAGUAUAAAAUGACGAGGUUCUAUCUCCGCCAGACUGAAGACCCACACGGACCGUGCAUUGCACUCUUUGUCGGACGCUUGAAGGACGAUUUAUCGCAAAGACAGUAUGAAAAAAUUCUCUUGGACAUUCUUGGAAGAGAACUCCGCUGGUCAUCCAUAGACGCCAUCUAUUAUGAAUACGGAGGACUAGUUCUCCUGUUCGACAACCCUGAAAAGGCGGCCAAGGCCUUCCAUUGCAUAAGCGAGGCAUCCUUUGAAGAUAAACAGCUCAUGGUUCUUCUGCUCCCUUAUCUACAGCCUCAUCUUAUGCCUGAACACUUCAACCCUCUCCUGGUCUUCGUCAACGUCAAGAGUGGUGGUUGCCAGGGAUACGAACUUGUCACCGCAUUUCGUAAACUUUUGAAUCCUCACCAAGUCUUCAAUCUGGACUUCGGAGGACCUCUGCCUGGAUUAUAUGUUUUCCGCCAUGUUCCGUACUAUAAGAUACUCGUCUGCGGUGGAGAUGGCACCGUGGGAUGGACGUUAUCGUGUCUUGACAACGUGGGCCAGGACGCCAAGUGUCAGUCGCCCCCGCUGGCCAUAGUACCGCUAGGAACAGGGAAUGACUUGGCGCGAGUAUUACGUUGGGGCCCAGGUUACUCUGGGGCCGAAGAUCCACUUAAUUUACUCAGGGAUGUAAUUGAUGCAGAAACUAUUAGUUUGGACAGGUGGACGGUCAUCUUCCACCAAAAUGAAAAGGAGGCUGACGAGACGAAGAUGUAUCUGGAUAAUGAAAUGAGCACGGCGACCACCAGUGAAGAUAGCACCUCCAUAUUUGUUAUGAACAAUUAUUUCGGCAUUGGCAUCGAUGCAGACCUAUGUCUCGAUUUUCACAUGGCACGCGAGGAAAAUCCUGAUAAAUUCAACAGUCGACUGCACAACAAAAGUGUCUACUUCAAAAUGGGUCUUCGUAAAAUGGUGAAUCGGAAGUCGUGUAAGGACCUGCACCGAAUGAUUAAGGUUGAGGUCGACGGGAAGCUAAUCACAUUACCGCCAGUCGAAGGAAUUAUUAUUCUCAACAUUCUCAGUUGGGGCUCGGGUGCUAACCCGUGGGGCCCAGAGCGGGAGGAUAUCUUCACACGACCAAAUCAUUAUGACGGUCAGCUGGAGGUGGUUGGAGUGUCGGGGGUCGUCCAUAUGGGACAGAUCCAGAGCGGGCUUCGAAGCGGUACAAGAAUUGCACAAGGUGGACAUUUACGCAUCACGUUACUCACAGACUUGCCGGUGCAGGUGGAUGGAGAACCCUGGGUCCAGCCCGCUGGCCAGGUUGUCGUCCUGCGCUCCGCAUUGAAGGCUACGAUGCUGAAGAAAAGUAAAAAUAAGAUUAAACGGCGGAACACCGAACCCAGUAUCUUUUUCCCUAAUAGUGAGAGCUUGACGCAAUCUCCAGAUGCGGAAAGUGGCCCAUUAUAAUGUUUAAUGAAUAGUUAACACUAGAAUUAAUCUGAUGCAUGUGUACUUGAGUGAAUGACUAAAACACCCCUGUCGCCUAGGAAACGAUCACCAUGGACACAAAUGGUACAUAGUAACGGUUGCCUUGACAACAAGAUUGCAUCGACAACAGUUUAUUGUUGCCUAACGACCAUAGAUGUCAAGAUAAGAGGACUAAAGUUGGAUGAUUGAGUGAGUGGUUACCAUAGCAACAUGCGGUUGCCGAUGACAACAACAUUAUGGACAUGCUGCUUAAAUCCAUCCAUCAGAGGAAAAGUUUUAUGUCCGGUGGAAAUGUGUAAAAUAGCGUGAGGAGCUGCCUAAUCCGGUUACAGCGAUGCGAUGUAAAAAACGACUGUGUACUCGAAAUGUACAUCAGUCAACAGUUUCAGAUUUCAAAAUGUGUUUGGGAACACCUUGAAAGGUCAAGGUCAAGGUUGACAAAAUGUCAAGGUCAGAGGAUGAGGAUUACUUAAAGUGUACAAAUUUACGCAUUUUGGAUUGUACAAAAUCGUGACUAUCAGUGUUGAAAUUUUUCUUGUGAUUGUCUGAAUUGUGUAAACGUGUGGGUGCGUGUCAAAUGCGCGUGAGAACAUGAGGCCUUCGGGCGCAAAUGUUGGCUUUUUGAUUCAAUUUUUUGUUGUUAACAUAGGUAGGAAUUCAGUGAUGUCAUCACUGAACGAUAUUUGACGCCAUUGUACAAAUUUCUAAAAGUUGCGUAGAACCUUCACUCUGACAUUAUGGACGGUUUUUACAAAAACAAUACAACGUAAGAAAAGGAGCCGAUUCUGAUAAAAAACAAAAAAAAUAUUAUUCAUAAUAUUAAUUAGCUUGCUAUGUGGUUCUUCGGAAGAAUGUACUCAAUACUCUCAUGUAUAGCCUAGGGACGUGUGUCCAUAACGGAAUCAGGCUCUUACAACAUUUCGGCCAAAUUUUCAAGUCAGCAAAAUAUGAAUGAGUGACAGGUCUGUUCUGUCUGAGUGAAUUCAAAUAAAUUACCAUAAUGUUGCAUUGUGGGAUAUAGUAUAUAAAUACGAUUUCUUUCUUGGAACAUUACCAUAUAUGGUAGUAUUGGGUGUAUAUAAAAACUGUCUGCUCACUCUCGGGUCGAAAUCUUUAAAUUUUGUGCGUUAAAUCGUGUUGAAGCAACAUAAUCGUAGAAAUUGCGGAUUAUUUUAGUGCCCAGUCUACGGCACUCGUAUUUUUCAUCGAAGUCAAUUUCAUACAAUAUAAACAAACAUAACAAAUUAUAUUAUAUAUAUAUAAAUACGGCAUAUAUAUAUACAGAAGAUAUAUAAGUGUUCUCUUUUCGUUCCUUGAUCGUGAUGUAUAUAAGCUAUGUGUUCAUUUUCAAUCUUACUCAUCUGAUGAUCACGUCUCACAUACCAGCGUGCAGUUGUGCGCGGGUUAAAUUCCCUCUUUGGGGAUUUCAAUUCUGUGAUUCAUGGAGUUCAUAUUAUUUGAGAUUUUUACACGCUCUUAAUUGUCAUCUGUGUAUGGAUUUGUGAUAGGUGUGUAUCAUGGUUUUGCUGACACAUCUUUGCUGGGUUUAUUUCUUGGCCUGCUCUCCUUAGAGCCUCAUGGUAUACUUAAUAUUGUCCACCUCAAGUCUUGUCACUCAGCUCACAGAACAUGACUUGCUACGCCAUCUAUGGGAUUCCUCAUUCCUGACAAAUGGAAGUUGAGAGUAAGUCAGUUCGACGCGGGUUUUGGGUAUGGAAGAAUUGAGAGGCAAAUUAUGGAGAGUGGGCAGGGAAAUAACGGCCAUUUGCUUGUCUAGUCUAGAGUAGAUCAAUCAGUGUAGAUCAGUAUCGCUAAAUUUCUCAAUCAUGCGCCAUCUGUUGGGAAGCGAGAUCAUCACCAGUUAUUCCAGAAUCGUACGAUGCCUUGUUUGUUUUGAUUGUUGCUAUGGUUACAGAAUCAUGUUUAUCUGUAACUAUGGUACCUAAUAGAAUCCAUGUCCUCCUAUCAAAAGAUAAUCUUCAACAUCAGACAGUUUGUAGAAUUCGAAUGGGGAAAGGAAUCAUAUGAAGACUUUGAAACUUGAGCUGAAAUAUAGAAGAGAGAUUUUUGAAGUUGUGGAUGAUAAUGGUACAGAUUAGAAGUUUGCCUCUUUUCACAUCAGCGCACCUGGUGGCCAAUUGCCAGAACGUGUAAUGAAGUUAUAAACGACAUCACGUUGCAGUUCUGGGAAAAUGAUAUCGUGUUGAACAGAAGUUUUCCCAUAACUCGGCAAAGCUCUGUCACUUGGUGCGCUGGCCUGGAAAGAGUUGAAUGAGUCCACUGGUCACCUUGUGUCUUGAGCUCAAAGUGUAUAUUUUUCACUAAAAGGAAAUGGAACUAGUCUACAGAUGCUUCACCAACACCUCCAAAGAGAUUUAAACUAUUUCUUCCAUGGCCUCCUGCACAUUUCAAAGACGUCAUUUUGUUUCUGUGUGUUCACCUAAGUUUUCUAGAUUCAGGUGAAUUUGCAUAUUUCAUGAUGAGAAUUUCGAAUAGUUCAUUCAAUUUGAGAGCUCUUAUGAAAUUAUUCUUAGUUUAAUCAGUACGUGUUUAUCAAAAUCAUCAGCCAGCGUGUAAAAUGUGACCAUCUCAUUUCAAAAAGUAUAAAUUUGUGUGUGCACAUUAUUUCAACUUCGUCAGGUAAAUUUUGAUGUGGACGGCACCGAUCAUAAACAGUUUCUUCAACAAGUAAGGUAAACUGGUACAACUAUAGCCCCUGCUGUGUAGAUAACAGCUGGCAAUACAAGCUAAUGCACACAGAGGUGAUCAUUGUACCACCUUUCCUUACAACCAGACCAUGCCAUUGACUAUAUGAAUAUACCUUAUAAAUGUUGCCACGUUUCUUUUAGAAUCUGUUAGAAAAUAUUGUCCCCUCAAUGAGCAAAGUCUGUUUUUAAGUUCAAUGUAUUUCAGUCAAAGUGACUCGGUUUAAUAUUCUCUUCCAUUCAUUGCUGUCAUAGUGAUAUUCCUGGUUACUUAAUCUGGAAUAUGUCAUAACAGGACUACACUGGGCUUGUGACAUGAGGAACAGAACCAGCUAAUCGCAUCAGAGAUGCCAAUUUCCAAUCUUCCUUUGGACUUGAGACUUUCUACACACUCCAGCCUUGGCGUUCUUCAAAUUGUUACUCUAAUGUCUCAUCUUGGACAUAGGUAGCACCACUUGAAGUCGUUACUUUCAUGAAGGCUGGGUGGCAGUCGUUCUGUUGCCUAAAAUAAUCCCAAGUACACUCCAAAUCCAUGUGUACCAGUACACUUUACUUCCAGUCUGACCUUAAAAUUCACCGGAUCCAUGCUUUCUUACUUUGUCUUUUACUUAUUGUUGUUGUCGUAACUAUGGCAGCAUGCUGUAAACAAUUCUAUGAGAUUUGGUUGCCAUGGCAACACUUCAUACUGUUGGUUUGAUUGUUAACUGGUUGCUAUGACAACAAAGUGUGUAGCAUCUUGGCCCUUUCUUCAUGCGAGUCUUUUCCAGACUGCUUCUUUCUUAGCUCUGCUCUCACGGCUUGUUCUUUUGUUUUGCUUCAUCCUCGGCAACCGUUGCUAAGGAGUUUGUCUUCCUUCGUUGCCAUGGCUACCAUUUUGUGAUAUCUCUGGGCCCUCGGUGUGACCGUCUGUCACUGGUGUACUUAAGGAUCAAUAUUAUGUCUAUUUUUCAAGAUAUUAAUGUUUGUAUGGUGUUUUUGUUUUGAAAAUCAUGAGAUUUGGAAGGAAUUGAAAGUUUUAUUUGACUUAUGAAGAUGAAGGAUUUUGUUUUGACUUCAGUAGGUGGUAAAUUGAUAAAGUUAAUUUGGAAUUUCAUCUCAAAAAAGUUGCAUCAAGAACCUGUUGAAAGGUCUCUCAUCGAUGCAUCAUCUUAGCUUGUGGAUUUUGGUGGUGUAGACAGAGUUUUAACUCUCAGCUCGUGGGUGAGCUCGUCAGUUCUUGUUUAUCAAGCCCCCCCCCCCUUGUAACACUUUCCCCUAAAAACUUGAAAACUAUUCGAAAGAAAAGCACCAAAGGACAUGUCUGUAAAUGUGCUUUUUUUUCUGGGUACAGUUUUGCGCAUCUUUGGAAAUAUCUCCUCGAAAUGUGAGACUCAUUAGGUGUUCUACAUAGUAGACAUUCUGAACUCCCAAUCUGAAGAAGCUAAUUGAAUUGAAACAACUUGGCCUACCAAUGAAUAGUAGCCAGCCAGUCCUGUUGGGUUAAAAUGGGUAAAUAUCUGGUUAUCGCAUAUUGACCGUUGUAUGAUUCUCAUCACAUGGAAAGUUCUGAGCACGCCACCAGGUGGAGCCUUGUGUGGCAGUUUUAUUCAUUUGUUUUCCUUUAGUGUUAUAGAAUCUUUUAGCAACUGUUGCAAUUUGGCGUCAAUGUUUCUUUUUGAAAGAGCUAUAUGCUCGUUAGAAUUGCUAGAAGAUAAAACGGCUUUAUCACAGAAUUGAUCUGGAGCCAAACUUGGUAUUGAUAUUUCUGGUCGUAUACUUGACACGUACCAAUCAUUGUAUCAUACUAGUAUUGCUAGCAAUUGACAGAUGUUGCCUUAAUUAGGAAUAUCCUCAACCUGGAUAAUCAGUUUCCCAAAGUGCCGAGAAUCAGACUCGGCAAGAUGCAGAUGACUCUCAACAAGUUGGAAAGUUGAUCCAUCAGGUGAUAUCAGGAACCUAAAUGUUGGCGGCGAAGGUAUAGCUGUUUACUGCCAUCUCGCUGCAGAUUUGAUUAGAAUCAAUUUUCAGACGAAACUGCUCCAGUCGCUAAAAGGUUACAGAGAUAUCGAUGUAUAUUUUUUCAUGCUAUUUAUUACAUACAAAGAUUUAAAAGCAACGCGGCUGUGCCACGUGUUAGCGCUUAUAUUUAUAGGAUCUGCCUCUAUGUGUUUGACCUCAUAUCGUAGGCCUUGGUGGCCAUGUUUGAUAUCGUCAUGGAGAUGACCUUGAGUAUUUUUCACCCCAACUUGACAUGGAUUUGCUGUACAUUUACUACUGUAAUAAAGGGAUGAUUUGUUCUGUUUAACAAUGGGUAGUUUUCACCUUCCAAGGCUGAUUAUGGUGCAGCAUUACUGUAGAAAAUAUACAUGCAUUCUGGUCAUUGUGAACGUGAAAAAUACUACUGUUUUAAUCUUGAGUCCGCUUGAAUUAGUCAGUGUUAUUCACGUUUAGAAAGUUCUCAUUUAGAAAGUAUGGGCGAUUUCAGCCAGAACUUGUCUCACUUGUCCACAUCAGUUAUUGAUGCCGUGUCUUAGUCGAGUUUAGAUGGGGCCUGAGUAAUGAACUGAUGGUUCGGGUUCUGCUUGGUCGGUUUACAAUGUUUCUGAAGGGAUUAGUCACUCGGCUUUCACUACUUUGGUGGGUUCUUAUUGUUUGCCGCUUGGUGAAGUGAGGUUAAAGAAGGGCACACUAGCUGCCAAUUUGAACCUAUUGUCUUUGAAAGAAAAUGUGUGCCAGCAAGAACAUGCUUCAUUGCUCAAAAGUGGCCUGCCCUAGGUGUGGGUAAAGAUGGGGUUUAGUGAAUGGGUGUUGAGUCUCCAUCCAAUUUGGAGGUUUCAGAUGUUGAGAUUUUUAUAGUGAACCCCAAGGAUGUGAAGUAGGGUCAGAUGAUUUUAUGACAUAGAAAUGGAUCGGCAAUCUUAAGAGUGAAAACUUGGCUAAAUCUUAAGGAUUCUGAUACAGGGAGACAGACAUGUCACAAUUUUGACUUGAGAGGUUAAUUAAUCUUGGCAUCAAAGUAAGUGCCUUUCCUAAGGACCCAACCUGACCUCAACUUCUGAAUCUAGUCCACACAUAUAUAAUUUUUCAUCUCCUCCAAGUUGACUCACUCAUAUAUUUAGUAAGCCAAGGUUGAAAUCAAAAAGGCUUUUAACCCAUGAAGACAAUGAACAUAUCACUAAUUUAUUCAAGUUCAUGAUAGUUUGAAAUCAUUCUAGUUACAUUAAAGUGUUGCCAUGGUGACCGUUUGCGUACUGUGCAGAAAGCGUUUAUUGCAAAAUUUGUAUUUCUGGUCGGUAACAUUUCUUCUUAGAAAUGUUGUGAAUUUGUCUGGCAGUAUGCCAAUUGAUUAUUAGUCUCAAGUAACUCUCUUAGCAACCAAUUUUAAUGUUUGUUGCUAUGGCAACCCUAUUGGUUGUUAAGGAAGUCAUGUUGGUUGCUAUGGAAAAACUGCCAGCCAGUUGCUUCUAGUUGUAUUAUAAUUUGGUUCCCUAUCAAAAGGGGGCACUACUAGUCAUGUUGCAGAUUUUUCAUAUAUAUUUGAUCAUUCUAUUGUUACACUGUGUGUAGCUAUUAUUUUGCAUUGUGUAUAAUUUAAUGGUUGUCAUGGCGACCACAGGCCCCAGUCUCGUGUGUUAUCUGUCCCGUACCGCCUCAGAGAGAGCAUGCCCAGUUUUAUCCUUAGCUUGUGGUUGUCAUGGUGACUGACGUAAAUUGUGAAACUACGACUUUUCUUUACGAUAUCAACAGGAUGUAAGUGUGUAUAACAUUAUGAUUGAGUCAUGUUUUUCAAUUUGACUUGCGUAGCUAAACAGAUCUAGGUCAAUUUCUAUAAAACGUUUAUCGAUUUCAUUCAAUAUAUGGAUAGAUGUAAAUGUGAAUAAAGAAUAGUUAUCAGAUGAUCAAAUA